ACUUUAAAUAAGAACACACUAAACAAAAGAGAGAGUGAGUGAUUCAUCUCCUCUGUUCAUUACUUUUAAAGCAAAGCACUUUUUCUAAAAUCCCAGAAGAGAAGAGACGAGAGAUAGUGAUAGAUCGGAGAUGACGAAGCUGGCAGAAAAAUCUGGAAGCAGACCACCGUGGGUGGGAUUAGCGGCAGCCGCAUGGGUUCAGGUGUCGGCGGGAAGUGGUUCGACGUUCCCGCUAUACUCCUCCGCUCUCAAAUCGGUUUUGGGUUUUAGCCAGCAACAGGUCACGAUCCUUGGCGUCGCUUGUGAUUUGGGCGAAAACAUGGGUCUACUUCCGGGAUACGCCAGUAACAAGCUUCCUCCAUGGUCGAUGCUUCUCAUCGGAGCUUCCUCUUGUUUCCUCGGCUUCGGCGUUCUUUGGCUCUCCGUCAGCCAAAUCGUUCAUGGUUUACCUUUCUGGCUGCUUUUUAUAGCUCUAGCUUUAGCUACCAAUAGCAACUCAUGGUUCGGUACAGCAUCUCUUGUCACCAAUAUGAGGAAUUUUCCUAUGAGCCGAGGCCCUGUGGCUGGACUUCUCAAAGGUUAUAUUGGGAUCAGUGGUGCUGCAUUCACUGUCUUGUUCAGCAUGGUGCUUCAUCAUUCAGCUACGAAUCUGCUUCUGUUUCUUACUGUUGGUAUUCCGGUGAUAUGCUUAACUGUCAUGUAUUUCAUCCGCCCCUGUAUCCCGGCUACUGGUGAAGACCCUUCUGAGCCCAUGUAUUUCGCUUUUCUGCUUGCCACAAGUAUACUUUUUGCUGCUUACCUUGUUGUGACGACUGUUGUGAGUGAGGUGUUUAUUCUGCCAAGCAUACUCAAAUAUGUUCUUGUGGCUAUCAUGGUGUUACUUUUGUUGUCGCCUCUUGCGGUUCCCAUCAAGAUGACACUUUUCCGUUCAAAUGCCAAGAGCUCCCCACUGGGGUCUUCAGACAGUCUAGCCAAAGAGGAAGGUACCCAUGAAGAACCGUUGCUUACACCUUCUACCUCAGCGUCAAACCUUGGGCCUAUCUUUGAGGGAGAUGAUGAGUCGGAUAUGGAAAUACUUCUCGCUGAAGGAGAAGGUGCGGUGAAGAAGAAGAGAAAACCCAGGAGAGGUGAGGAUUUCAAGCUUGGCCAAGUUUUUGUCAAGGCAGAUUUCUGGCUCCUUUGGUUUGUCUACUUCCUCGGCAUGGGUUCAGGUGUUACAGUCUCAAACAAUUUGGCACAGAUCGGAUUUGCUUUUGGUAUUAAGGACACAACAAUACUCCUCUGUCUCUUCAGUUUCUUCAACUUCAUAGGCCGUCUUGCUUCAGGUGCCAUUUCGGAACACUUUGUGAGGUCAAGAACGCUUCCAAGAACAAUAUGGAUGGGAGCCGCACAGCUAGUUAUGGUGUUCACGUUCCUCCUCUUUGCCAUGGCUAUCGACCACACCAUGUCCAUAUACGUUGCAACUGCUCUAAUUGGGAUAGGCAUGGGGUUUCAGUUCUUAUCUAUCUCAACCAUCUCGGAGCUAUUUGGUCUCAGACAUUUUGGAAUCAACUUCAACUUCAUACUCCUGGGAAACCCGCUCGGUGCCACCAUUUUCUCGGCCUUUCUCGCCGGAUACAUCUAUGACAAGGAGGCUGAUAAGCAAGGGAAUAUGACCUGCAUUGGUCCUGACUGCUUUCGAGUAACUUUCUUGGUUCUAGCCGGUGUUUGUGGGCUUGGAACUUUACUGAGCGUUAUUUUGACAGUGAGAAUUCGCCCGGUUUAUCAAGCCCUCUAUGCGUCUGGCUCAUUCCGGUUGCAGCCGCAAUCAGCGGGUCAUUGAUAUAUCCAGAGAGACUGUUUAGAUGAAAGAAGGUACUAUAAUAUAAAUACACUCAUAGAUGCUAUCUACUUUUCAUUAUUAUUAUUAUAGGCUCCUACUGUAUCACGCGGCAUUUUUGUUUGGGUGUAUUCUAAGAAAUGUAACUCUCUGUUAUUCAGCUGUAACCGGCCAAAAACCGGUUGGAAGAACCUAUUUGUAUCGGCUUCUUGCUGAGGUUGUAUGGUUGUUCGUGUCUACUGUUUGAUGUUUGUAUUACAGUCA